AUGCUACUCUUAUUAGAAAGUUCCGAUACUCAAACGCAGAUAUCGCUUCUACAUGCAUUGCCGGGACUUAUUGGGGUGUUCACACCUCGACACAUGAGUAUUCAAGAUGAGGGUUUCAAUACAAUUCUACAUAUACUUGCGGCAAGAACUGAGGAAGACCUAACAGCCACUUUGCUUGCAAAAAAAGGAAUCUCGCCAGACCUGAAAAAUAAGGAGGAUCGAACACCGCUAUCGCGAGCAGCUCAGUAUGGAAACGUGUAUAUGGCAAAUGCUCUAGCAGAGCGGGUCGAUGUGACAGCAGACUCAACAGAUCAUCACAAUCGAACUCCGUUGUCAUGGGCAGCGGCAUGUGGGCAUGACGAAAUCGUGAGGCUGCUAGUAAAGCGAGAUGAUGUCAAAGUAAACUCAAGAGACGAUUACGGACAGACACCCUUGGCAUAUUCAGCCUUUCAAGGACAAGCAAGAGUGGCGAAUCUGAUACUGAAACAAAAAGAUGUUGAAGUCAACUCGAUGGACAACAACGGCCGCACACCUUUGUCACGGGCUGCUGCGCGUGGGCACGAAGAAGUCGUUGAGUUGUUUCUGGAGCGAAGUGACGUCAAAGCGGACUCGAGAGAUAACUACGGUCGAACCGCACUAGCGUACGCAGCUUUUCAAGGGGAGAUGGGGGUCGUGGCUCUACUUGUGAAACGGAAUGAUAUUGAUGUUGACUCGAUAGACGAUAACGGCCGUACACCUUUGUCAUGGGCCGCGGCUAAUGGGCACGAAAAGAUCGUGAGAUUACUAUCAGAGGGGAAAACUUAUUUUUUGCCGGAAAAUGCCUUCAAAUAUCGCUUUAACUAA